GCAGGGUGACUUUUGUCCCGAAAUUAAAAACUCUUCCUUUUACUAAUUAUAAAUUAAAAAUUGCUAAUUGCUAACAUAUAUGUAAGCUGAUGAUCUUUUUGUGUACUUUUAAAAUGAAAUAUACAUAAUGCGUAAAGUGCACUGAAAUAAGAUAAAACAUGCCGCCUGAAAAAUACUAAAUUCCUAAAUUCGAGCGGGCAAUCUACAUUUUCCAGCUUGAUAAUGUUGGUACCAUCAAAUAAUUGUUGAUUUGUUUAGUUAUUAUUACAAAAACGCGGACGAAUAGAGGCAAAUAUGCCGCAGACGUGCCAGGGAACGGAAACCCUGACGAUAGAGGCUCUAGAUUUCAUCUACGAGAACGAAAUGAAAUACUUGCACUGCAAACAAGCGCCCAGAAAAGAGGAGCAAGUCAAGGCGGUAAAGAUAAAGCGACUGACUUGCAACAUAAACGGCUGCACUUACUCCACGGACCGGAGGAGAGACUUGAGGCGCCACAGGCGCUCGCAGAAGCACAUGCUGCUGGAGUCCUACUCUGACUCCGAGUCCGAGGUGGAAUCGUCGCUGUUCUCGUGCAACGUCUGCGGCUACAAGACCGCCAAGCGGUAUUGCUUCGACCGGCACAAGGAGUCGCGGCGCCACAUCAUGAAGGAGCAGGAGGAGUGCGAGAAGCUGAUGGACGAGGCGGAGAGGGCGGAACAGCCGGUAAAACGAGUGAAAAGAGUGGAGGAGCCAUCGCCCUCGGAUGCGGAGGAAACACGAUACGCGGAAGACAACCUGCACACGUGCACGACAUUUGACACCACUCGAAAAUCUCAACUCAAGAUGCAAGCAAAAAGCCAGGCGCAAAUUGAGGUUGUGCAAAGCCAGUUGAUGCCGAAUGAAUACAUACAGUAUCUGCCCCACGAGCAGAAACAGAUGGUGGAGCUAUCUGUGGAGUCUGGGGAGACCGAGGACGAAUACCUCGCCUACAAGAAAGAGUGCAGCUCCACCAUGGAGUGCAAGCCCUGCGAAUACAGAACUGCCAGGAGAUUCUGCUUCGUUCGCCACAUGCGAUCGGAAAGGCACCUGGCCAAGAUUCAAGCUGAACUUGAUGGCCUGGAGGAAACUGAAGCUCUUGAGCCGGUAGAUUACUUGGAAGCGGAAAAUGAGCUGGAGGAGAUUGAUCACAGAGAGGAGAGAACGGUUGUGGAGGGAAAGAGGUUCUCAUAUGGGAAAGAGAUUUUUGUGUUUGACCUCUUUUUCUUUUUCAAUUUGCAAAAGCAACACUAGAAUCAUUUUUAAAUAUUUUCAGAAGAAAUUUGUCUAAGCACCUAGGUUAGAAACUUGGAAUAAAGUUAGUUCGCGUUGUGGAAGCUCGA